AUGUCUGCCUCGCGCAUUGAGAAGCAUCACGAUGUCGGAGUUGAACAUGACCGGUUUCCCCCUUGCCUCUUCCCCCCUCUCCACCACUCCCAAGCGUCACCCCCAGCAGGAACAGAAUCGACGCCUGAGUUCGGCUUUGUCAUCGAACCUCAGUUCCUCCCGGGGCGACAAUGGCACGAAUCUGGCCACCACGUCGAUCUGCUAACGGUUUGCAAGGCGGCGUGGCUGUUAACGCUUAAAUGCUUCGUCCAGACUGACAUUGUCAGUUUUGCUUACCAGCAAGAGGCGGUGGAGGCAGGCUGCACUAGCAGGAUGAACAACGACCCAGUCUUGUAUUUCACUCGUGUCGACAAUGACGAGGAGGUCCAGGGCUUCUUGCGAAGACUAGGAGGGAUUACACCAUCCGACGUCCUGGAAGCACCGCGCGGUCAUGAAAUUCGUGCAGUGAAAGGGCAGGGUGUGGCCGCCGACUUUGCCAACACGAUGCUUUGUUACUAUGGAGAGGGUGACUAUGGAAAGGGUGACUAUGGCACAAGACCCAUGGGGUUGACUACCAGAAAGCCCCUGGGUAUGGACAUUCUUGUCAGCAUAUCCAAGGAGUCGACCGACUGCAUCUCGGCGGCCCUUGAGUUCCGGCGCGUCCAUAUGAGCCUGGAUGCCGCGACGAGCGUCUUACGAACCGUCCAGCACAUAGCCUCACAACUAUUCGACGUGACCAUGACUGCGCCGGGCUGCGAUGUCGCGGUGCGGCUACAAGACAUCGAUGUUUGCUCUACCCACGACUGGCAGUUGGUGCGGCAACUUACCGCAUCCAUCAGCCCAGUAGAGGAACAGUGCCUCCAUGACAUGAUCGUCGCACAAUGCAGGAGGUCUCCCAAUAGCACUGCGGUCAUAUCAACGGAUGGCGAGGCCUUGACAUAUGGCGAGCUUGACGAUAUCUCCCAGCGGUUGGCCUACAGGCUGGUGCGGCUCGGCGUAAAGCCCGAAACGUUUGUGCUUAGCUGUUUCCAGAAGUCUAUCUGGGCUGUGGUGGCCCGACUGGCCAUUCUUCGCGCUGGAGGCGCUUACGUCUCGAUCCACGCCACCAACCCACCCGCAUACCUUGACUCGGUCAUCGCCCGCACCGCCGCUCCCAUUAUCGUUUGCGAUGAAAGACAUGCCAACCAAUUUCGGCAUCUCGUCCCCAUCACGAUUGAGACUUCCCCUAGUAUGUUACGGGAUCUCCCGAUGCCGGACCGAGUCCCUGUCUGCGACACGGUGCGGCCCGAGAACGCUUGCCUUAUCCUCUUCACUUCGGGCAGCACCGGCAAGCCCAAGGGUAUCGUGCAGGUUCAUCGAUCAUAUGCAACAGCCGUCCGGAACUACGCCAAGAUCAUGGCCCUCGGCACAAACACGCGCUUCUUCAGCUUUGAUGAGUACGCAUUCGACAUCAGCAACCUCGAUUUCCUAGUGCCCUUGAUUAGUGGAGGCUGCUGCUGCGUUCCGGUACCCAUGGCGACGACCCAAGACCUCGCCUACAACAUCACCGCCCUGAAAGCCAACGCGACCUUCCUAACGGCGACCGUGGCCGUCAAACUUGACCCAGCAGACGUCCCGACUCUGGAGCUACUGUGCGUCGGCGGAGAGCCGCUGUCGACCGAGCUCGUGGCCAAGUGGACGGGCGGCAGCACGCGGCUCGUUAACCAGUACGGCAUGGGCGAGACCGCCAUCAGCUGCUGCUACAACGACAAGGUACGGCCGGGGCGAGCCAACCUGGGCCGGCCGACGAGUGGCGCCGUGUUCGUGGUGGACGCGUCAUCCCACAACAAGCUGUUGCCAGUCGGGGCCGUAGAGCUCCUGAUGGAAGGUCACCACCUCGCGCGCGGCUACCUCGACCAGACGACAGCCCGAACCACCCAGGCCGUCUUCCUCGACGCACCACCGACCUGGAUGUCCGCUAUGCAUCCAGCACGGGCCUCGGGCGAGGGGCAAACACGGCUGUACCGUUCCGGGGAUCUGGGCCGCUGGAACCACGACGGCACCAUCGAUUACGUCGGCCGCAAAGACCACAUGCUCAAGCUCGACGGCUGCCGCAUCAACGCGUUAGAGGUAGAGCACGAGGCGCGGAAGCGGCUCUCCCCCCUAGACACCAUCAUCGUCGACGUUUUCGGCCUCCUCGACGGCGAGGAAGACCCCGUGCUAGCGGCGCUUUUGCACUUGGACGGCCACUCCGCCAACGCCAUGCGCGUCUCGCCCACCGCCUCUCUCCCGGGGGAACCGUCCGUCAUGGAUGUCGAGGAGGAUCCCUAUGCGGCUAUUAAGGUGGCUGAGAUCAAGGAGGUGAUCGCGGCCGCCCUGCCGUCGCACAUGGUGCCGACCCUCUUCCUCCAAAUGUCACACGUGCCGCGCACGCCGUCGAAGAAGACGGACCGCAGGAUGAUCUCUCAUGUCGGGCUGAUGUACUACCUCGAUCGGAGGGCAGAGCGGAGCAGGAACCCCACGCGGGGCCGGAAUGAUCGGUUUGUUAAUUAUGGUUAAUACGAUCAUGGGCGCUAGGUGUUGGUCUGGACGGGAAAGGGGGGCUGUUGAUAGUCGCGCAAACUUUCUUUGACGCGCUUGUUUCCCACCCCCUUGAGUUCGGUCCCCAUGAUCACCAGACAAGUUUUAAUGAAAACCAGCGAAGGAAUGUCUCAUCUUGUUCCAUCACACCAGCACGAAAUCUACACUCGUUCCCUUAACCCUAAACAGCAUCCGAUUGUGGUCGCAUCAAACACAAAAGACCCCCGGCGGCAAGCUGGCAGAACUGGUCCCAGGUCAGUGUCAUCAGUACCAUCCUGUCCGUAGACUCGAAGUACCCACCGCGGAGACCAUGAAAGGGAGCC